UGAGGGAGACUCAUACAAUUUCUGUAUAGUAGUCAUCAGCCUGCACAGGCAGCCUCAUUUGCUUGGAGAGCGCCACCUGCUGGCUGAAAGUGGAAAAUAUGAAAUUUCUAGAUGUAACAUUUUAUAUGUAGCUGAUAUAAAAUGCAGAUAUAAUCUUAAUCUUGUGUCUUAGUACUUUUGUUUUACAAGCUUGUACUUAUUGGAACAGCCGACUCCUCCCCUUCUCAUAAAUCUCAGGACGUCUGUAGGAGACUCCAAUGAUAAGUCCAUCAGUUUAUAGACCCGUCUAUCAUUCCUCCUGUAAUUCCUCCUCCGCACCAUCACCACCUCCAACCACAUCACCGCCUCCAUCCACAUCACCAUCACCACCUCCAACCACAUCAUCAUCACCACCUCCAUCCACAUCACCACCUCCAACCACAUCACCAUCACCACCUCCAUCCACAUCACCAUCACCACCUCCAUCAUCACCACCUCCAACCACAUCACCAUCACCACCUCCAACCACAUCACCAUCACCACCUCCAACCACAUCACCACCUCCAUCCACAUCACCACCUCCAACCACAUCACCACCUCCAUCCACAUCAUCAUCACCACCUCCAACCACAUCACCAUCACCACCUCCAACCACAUCACCAUCACCACCUCCAACCACAUCACCAUCACCACCUCCAUCCACAUCACCAUCACCACCUCCAUCCACAUCACCAUCACCACCUCCAUCCACAUCACCACCUCCAACCACAUCACCAUCACCACCUCCAACCACAUCACCAUCACCACCUCCAACCACAUCACCACCUCCAUCCACAUCACCACCUCCAACCACAUCACCACCUCCAACCACAUCACCACCUCCAACCACAUCACCAUCACCACCUCCAACCACAUCACCAUCACCACUUCCAACCACAUCACCACCUCCAUCCACAUCACCACCUCCAACCACAUCACCACCUCCAACCACAUCACCACCUCCAUCCACAUCACCAUCACCACCUCCAACCACAUCACCAUCACCACCUCCAUCCACAUCACCACCUCCAACCACAUCACCAUCACCACCUCCAUCCACAUCACCAUCACCACCUCCAACCACAUCACCAUCACCACCUCCAACCACAUCACCACCUCCAUCCACAUCACCAUCACCACCUCCAUCCACAUCCCCACCACCUCCAACCACAUCAUCAUCACCACCUCCAACCACAUCAUCAUCACCACCUCCAUCCACAUCACAAUCACCACCUCCAACCACAUCACCACCUCCAUCCACAUCACCAUCACCACCUCCAACCACAUCACCAUCACCACCUCCAUCCACAUCACCACCUCCAUCCACAUCACCAUCACCACCUCCAACCACAUCACCACCUCCAACCACAUCAUCACCUCCAUCCACAUCACCAUCAUCACCUCCAACCUCAUCACCACCUCCAACCACAUCACCACCUCCAACCACAUCACCAUCACCACCUCCAUCCACAUCACCAUCACCACCUCCAUCCACAUCACCACCUCCAACCACAUCACCAUCACUAUCUCCAACCACAUCACCACCCCCACCUCCAUCCACAUCACCACCUCCAUCCACAUCACCAUCACCACCUCCAUCCACAUCACCACCUCCAACCACAUCACCAUCACCACCUCCAACCACAUCACCAUCACCACCUCCAUCCACAUCCCCACCUCCAUCCACAUCACCAUCACCACCUCCAUCCACAUCACCAUCACCACCUCCAACCACAUCACCACCUCCAACCACAUCAUCACCUCCAUCCACAUCACCAUCAUCACCUCCAACCUCAUCACCACCUCCAACCACAUCACCACCUCCAACCACAUCACCACCUCCAACCACAUCACCAUCACCACCUCCAACCACAUCACCAUCACCACCUCCAACCACAUCACCACCUCCAUCCACAUCACCACCUCCAUCCACAUCACCAUCACCACCUCCAUCCACAGCACCAUCACCACCUCCAUCCACAUCACCAUCACCACCUCCAUCCACAUCACCAUCACCACCUCCAACCACAUCACCAUCACUAUCUCCAACCUCAUCACCACCUCCAACCACAUUACCAUUUAUCACAAAUUCUGGCUGCAAGUUCUUCCAUGUGUUGUAG